CCCAAAACCUAAGACCCAGUUUUUACUUGCACAGCCAGAAAAUCUUGCGUUCAAUGGCCGCGCAAAUAGAAGCUGACUUGGAAUUUGGAGCGCAAAGAGGAUUCUAAUUUCUUCAAAACUUUUGUUUUCAGGCAAUUUCCCGGAGGCCCAUUUAUCGUCUACCUCCAGAGGAUCAGUGGAAUUUCAUCUGAAGGCUGGCCCUGGCAUCUCAAAGCCAAAGUAUGAGUCCCAGUACAGAUGAUAAAUAUAACAUGAGCUUUCGCAAGAAGCUUCUGACUAUUAGUUCAAACCUGGAGGACCAAGAUGUGGAGAGCCUGAAGUUUCUCUGCCAAGACUAUAUCUCCAACCAGAAGCUGGAGAAGGCCAGCUCAGCCGCGGAUAUUUUCCAUCACCUUUUGGCAGAGGAGCUUUUGAGUGAGGAAGACCCCUUCUUCCUCGCGGAACUCCUCUACAUCAUCAGGCAGAAUUUACUGCUGCGGAACCUGCACUACACCAAAGAGCAAGUGGAGCGUUUUCUGCCCAUCCGGAGGAGGGUCUCCCUGUUCAGACACCUGCUCUACGAACUGUCAGAAGACUUCAACUCAGAGAACUUAAAGGACAUGAUCUUCCUUCUGGGGAACUUGAUUCCAAACGUCAAGAUGACCUCUCUAAGUUUGCUGGCAUAUCUGAAGAAACAAGCUCUAAUAGAUGAAGAUAAUCUGACAUUACUGGAGGAUCUCUGCAAAAAAGUCAAACCUGACCAAAUCAAAAAGAUAGAAAAGUAUAAAAGAGAUAAAGCCUCCCUGGUAGUGACACUUCCUGUAGAUAAGAAAACUGAGUCAUCGUGUCAAGGAAAGGAGGAACUAUUUUCCAGUUCAGACAUUAGGCAGCUUUUGGGAGCCUUACAGAAGGCAGAUAUGUACAGGAUGGAUCGGAAACACAGAGGACACUGUGUCAUCAUCAACAACCACAGCUUCACCUCACUGCCACGUAGAACGGGGACCAAUGCAGAUGCUGAGUGCCUGAAGAGCGUGUUUCAGUGGCUUGGGUUCAGUGUAUAUACAUACAAUGAUGUGACUAAAAAUUGCCUGGAAGAGAUUCUGCAGGAAUUUAAGAGCCAUCCAGGCAAUGCUGAUGGAGACUGCUUUGUGUUCUUUGCUCUGACCCAUGGGGAAUUUGGAGCCGUUUACUCUUCAGAUGAAGCUAUCAUUCCCAUUCGAGAGAUCAUGUCUCACUUCACAGCCCAGCAGUGCCCUGGUCUGGCCCACAAACCCAAACUCUUUUUCAUCCAGGCCUGUCAAGGUAAAGCGAUACAACCUUCUGUAUUCAUUGAAGCAGAUGCUAUAGAUCCUGAGCAUGAGCACCCUCCCCUUGUGAAUGGUGUUCCCAAUGAGGCGGAUUUUCUUCUUGGCUUGGCCACUGUCCCUGGCUAUGUGGCCUAUAGGCAUUCACUGGAAGGCAGCUGGUAUAUUCAAUCUCUGUGCAAUCAUCUGAAGGACUUGGUCCCCAGGUGUUCCAGGGUAAAAACAGACUGUGAAGAAGCUGCUGCCACUGUGAGGUUCCCAGGAUUUUCUUUAAUAAGCAAAUGUCUCUAUAAUAUUGGGGAACAGCUGGGCAGUGAUGAACUGGCCUCCCUCAAAUUCCUGAGCCUGGACCACAUCCCACAACGGAAGCAGGAACCCAUCAAGGAUGCCCUGAUGUUAUUUCAGAGACUCCAGGAAAAAAGAAUGUUAGAGGAAAACAACCUGUCCUUCCUGAAGGAGCUGCUUUUCCGAAUAAAUAGACUGGAUUUGCUGAUCACCUACCUGGACACCAGCAAGGAGAAGAUGGAGCAGGAGCUUCAGAUACCAGGCAGGGCCCAGAUAUCCGCCUACAGGGUCAUGCUUUUUCAGAUUUCAGAAGAUGUAAGCAAACUGGAAUUGAGGUCCUUUAAGUUCCUUUUGAGCCAGAAGAUUUCCAAAUGUAAACUGGAUGAUGACAUGAACAUGCUUGACAUUUUCACAGAGAUGGAGAAGAGGGUUAUUCUAGGGGAAAGAAAUUUGGAUACCCUAAGAAAAAUCUGUGACCAAGUCAACAAGAGUCUGCUGAAGAAAAUCAAUGACUAUGAAGAAUUGAGCAGAGAAAGAAGAACGAGCCUUGAAAAAAGUCCAGAUGAACUUUCCAAUGAUCUGUCUCAAUUUUUCAUGAAGGAAAAAUUAUUUGAAGAGCUGCCAAUGUUAGACUCUCCAGGAGUACCCGACAGUGAGUCCCAGGUAUCAAUCGAAGUUUACCCGAUGAAAAGCAAACCACGAGGUUAUUGUUUAAUCUUCAACAAUUAUGAUUUUAGUAUAGCACGAAAGGAUGUACCCAAACUUCAGAGCAUUAAGGACAGGAAUGGAACACACUUGGAUGCAGAGGCUUUGAGUAAGACCUUUAGUGAUCUCCAUUUUGAGAUAGUGUGUUACAAAGACUCCACAGCAAAGGAAAUCUGUGAGAUUCUGAAAUCCUACCAAAAGAUGGACCACAAUAACAGGGACUGCUUCAUCUGCUGCAUCCUCUCCCAUGGAGACAAAGGAAUCAUCUAUGGCUCUGAUGGGCAGGAAGCCCCCAUCUAUGAGCUGACCUCUUACUUCACUGGUUUGCGGUGCCCAUCCCUUGCAGGCAAACCCAAAAUAUUUUUUAUUCAGGCCUGUCAAGGGGAUAACUUCCAGAGAGGUAUAGCUGUUGAGACUGACUCAAAACAGAAGGAAGACUGUUUAGAAAUGGACUCAUCAUUUCAGAAGAAAUACAUUCCAGAUGAGGCUGACUUUCUGUUGGGGAUGGCCACUGUGAACAACUAUGUUUCCUACCGAAACCCCAUGGAGGGGACCUGGUAUAUCCAGUCACUUUGCCAGAGCCUGAGAGAAAGAUGUCCUAGGGGUGAAGACAUUCUCGCCAUCCUGACCAAAGUGAACUUCGAAGUAAGCAACAAGGAUGACAGGAAAAACAUGGGGAAACAAAUGCCACAACCCACUUUCACACUGAGAAAAAAGCUCUUCUUCCCUCUUCAUUGAUGCUACUGUUUAGUUGCAUAACACUAUGCUUAAUUUAUUUGUUACUAAAAUGUUGCUGUUUUGCUUUUUUCUGGGGUGAGGGGGAUGGCAGGAAGGGGAGUCAGGGCAAUCUAAUGCGUAAGAAGAUUCCUCUUAGGAAGGCAACCUCGCCUGAAACAAUGCAUUCUGUGUGAAUACUUUCCUUUUUCCACCCCCUUUCUGCCUUUGCGAACUUCUCCCUUUCUGCAGCUUGGUGGAUCUCCCGCCUGUUACUAGAUGGGAUGCUGCCCAAUUCCUGAGUCACUGAAGGAGCUAGCUUUACUCAGUUGGAUUUUUGUUGUCUGACAGUAUGCAGGGGAAUGCCAGGGACUCUUCUAAAAGGUCAGUGAGGAGGACUUUUGUGAUCCGACCCAGCUAAAUAAAAAACCCUCAUGUGCUGAAGUCCCACAUCAAGUGUGCUCUCUGCUGUGAGCGUGAUAAGCCCUCUCAGAAACACAUCAGGCCUCUCCUGAGAGCAGUGAUGAGAGGAGGUGAGGAGAUUCUGGUUUCCACGGCUGAAAGGCAGCAUGGCUCUGUGUGGACCUAGACUUCAUAAAAUCCAGGGAUAAUUCUUGUUUUUAUUAUUCAUAAGCACAUCAUGAAACACAUUAUUUGGAAAGGAUUGAUGUUAACUGAAUAUUAAUUUUGUUGCACUUCUGGUCCCUCCCUGUCCAAGCCAUCCUUUACACUAAUUUAUGUUUCUUUAAAACAGUAAUAAAAAAAUAUAAUUUCUUAUGUUAAAAAUCUCCAAAAAUUCAAAAUGUUCUAUACAUUCUUUAUAAUCUGUUUCCAAACUCUCUUUUAAGCCUUUCUCUUAAAUCUCUAGAAUAUAUACAAGCUUCUGUACCAAGGAACAGAUCUGCUUUUCUGCUAACAUUGCUGUGCUCCUGUCAUGCAAUUGCACUUGCCUUUUAUGUACUCAGUUUGUUCUAAAUCUUUAGGCAUUAUCAUUAAAAGCUAUUUUGUAAGAGUAUUUUUAAAAAAGUAUUUUUAAUAGAAAAAAACAGUAUUUUAUGCUGCUUGGAGAUUGUUUUGUUUUUGUUUUUUUGCCAACAGCAUCUUACAGAUGGAGAAUGUUUGGAUCACAGAAGGGUUUCAUUUGAGCCUCUCAUGUGUUGGUUCACACUGUUGUAGUUUUUAAAAAUUUAUUGUCCAUAUACUUAAAAAUUGGGAGAUGUCACAUAAAUGCCAGAACAUCUUCUUUUAAAAAAA